GCUUGCUAUUUCAAAGUUACUUGUCAUAGAUUAUCCUUGUGUUUUAUUAGAGAUAGUUAAAAAAAUUUUUUUUCUUACCAUCUUCAAUAAUUAAUUUAAGCCAUGUGCAGAUGUUAGCUAUGGACAUUUUAGGACCAUCAUCAUUUGUUAAAACGAAUAGAAUUUAAAAAGAAACUAUUUCUGGAUAUGUAGUUUUCCCAGAAAACAAGACCAUCCCCUUGUAUGUAGUGUUAUCUUAACUAAAGUUUUGGCUGCCUAACCUACUUCUUGAAAUUUUAUGGGGUCAUUUCACUCAUAUAUACUCUUAAAUUUAGUCACAUGGGACUAAUAGCAUUCACCAGCAUUUUAGAGGGCAAAAAAAGGAAGUAGUAGAUGCAAACGGAGUGGAAAUCCAGAAUCCAGAAGUAGGGGCAGUGCCCGGUUUUUGACUUAAUGUAUUAAUACUUAGGGCUGAGGAACGUGGUCCGUGGUUCAUGACUCUUAAUAUCUAAGGCCACUAACCUGCUGCAGCUGUCUCUGAGGCCAGCGUCUCCUGAGAACUUGUUAGAUAUGCUAGGGUACCUUACAGGGACUUGGUUUUCCACACCCUAAUGUGUCAGCCAUUCUUUGGCUGUUCUUCACUGUAUCGGGGACCUUCCCCUCGCCUUCAUCGCCUGGCAGUCCCAUGGGCUGCAUUUUACGGCGGAAGAGGCAAGGGACAGGCCUAGGCCUCGGCUCCACUCUGAUCCUUUGGUCCGGGUGCAGGUAAGUCCGCCUGGACCGAACUCCGGAAGUCUCCCGGUGAGGUGGCGGCCUGGCUGCCUGUGUGGGCUGCAGUGACCAUUAGCGAGGUGCCCAACAAAAGGGAGAACGCACAGUGCACAGCACAGAUGCCAGGUGGAAGGGAGGUGGGGCUUCGCCACCCCGUGCCUCGCGUUUACUGUCCCAUAGCCAGGCCUCGUCAACCACGUGCACAGUCCCCUAAUUUUGGGACUAAUGCUCCUCUGAGGUAAAAACCCUAAAAACCGGGGGCGGUAAGCUUAGAUUUCUCUUUCAAAUUGUAGCUUUCUUAAAAAUCUUGCAUCCAAGACACCGGCCACCCUAUUGCCCUUGGCAAUCUGGGGCACCCGCGGAAGCGUUAAGGCUCCGUGCAGGGGCCGUGGGCGUGCCGGCCGGAAGUCCCUCCCACGGACGUGGGCCUGGACUGCUGGGCGGGAAACCCUAGCGAGCGUCGUGGCAGGUGGGCGGUGAUGAAGAAAGGGAGGAAGCCCCCGCUUGAGGGUAGACGCCACGGCCUUCGCUCCCGCGUGUUGGGGCCCUGCCUUCCUGCGCUUGGAAACUCCGACUUGCGAGCCGUGGUCAGAGAGGAGCCUGGAGGGGCCACCUAAGCUCUGCACAAGGAAUUCCUCCAGCUCUGUAGACGAAAUAUAAGGAAAAAGAAUAUAGACAAGCAUGGAAAGUGAAGACACAAAGAAAACACAAGAAAUGAAGACUGACCUGAACUUAUUAUUGGAGUGUCUAAAGUAUCAAAUGGACAAUGCUGUUUCACAAAAGGAAGCUUUGGUCACUAUUCAUUCAAUUUGUCAACAAAACAGUAAUGCAAGUGUUUAUUUUCGGGAAAUUGGUGGUUUGAUGUUUGUAAAAAAUCUUGCAAAGUCAAGUGAACAUAGCAUGGUAAAAGAAGCAGCCUUAUAUACAUUAGGAGCUAUUGCAGAAAAAAAUGUUUACUGUCAGCAGACUUUGUGUACUUCAGAGUUAUUUGAAGACUUAACUUGGUUCUUAUCUAAUGAUUCAAACAUAAAUUUGAAAAGAAUGUCUGUUUAUGUUAUUUUGGUUCUGGUUUCAAAUAAUAGGACCGGACAAACACUUGUGAGAGAAACAGGUUGUAUUACAGUUCUGUCACGGUUAUUCAGGACAGUUAUUUCAAAAUAUGAGUUGGAUUUGUCAGAUAAAAAUGUUUUCCAGAGUUAUCAGUUGUGGUCUUCAGUGUGUAGUACUCUGUGUGUCUGUGUCAACAAUCCUCAAAAUGAUGAGAAUCAAAUGUUUUGCUGUUCACUUUUUCCACAUGCUAAUGAAUGGCUAAAAAAUUGCAUGAAACCUGAGAUAAUUCGCCCUAUUUGCUCAUUUAUUGGACUCACUCUUGCAAAUAACACAUAUGUUCAGAAAUACUUCGUAUCUGUGGGUGGACUGGAUGUAUUGUCUCAAGUUCUCGUGCAACUGGAAUCUGAUUCACAUGAGACUCUUUCCAGUGCUAAACUUGCAGUGGUUGUGACAAAGACUGUGGAUGCAUGCAUUGCUGAUAAUCCUACUUUUGGGAUAGUACUCUCCAAGUACCACAUUGUUUCAAAACUUCUGGCAUUACUGCUUCAUGAAAGUCUGGAUUCAGGAGAAAAAUUUAGCAUCAUGCUUACUCUUGGUCAUUGCACAGAGGAUUGUGAGGAAAAUCAGUAUGACCUUUUUAAAAACAAUGGGCUUCCACUCAUGAUUCAAGCCUUAACUGAAUCUCAGAAUGAGGAACUGAACAAAGCUGCCACAUUUGUGCUUCACAACUGCAAAAAAAUUACUGAGAAAUUAUCUCUAAGUCUAGGAGAAUAUCCUUUUGAUGAAAAUGAAACACAGCAAUUAAAAGACAUAAAUGUGAAAGAGAAGAAUCUUGAAGAGCACUGGAGGAAAGCAAAGGAAAUUCUACACAGAAUAGAGCAGCUUGAAAGAGAAGGAAAUGAGGAAGAAAUACAAAGAGAAAACUGUCAGGGUAAUAUUUCAUCUAUGAACAUGAGUAUUCAGAAUACAUGGAAACAUCUCCAUGCAGAUCAUAUUGGUCGAGCUACCAAAGCAGAAGAUGAGGAUAAAAGCCAUUCUAGACAGUUUCAGAGUUAUAAGUCCCAUGGAGUCAUGUCUAAAGCAUGUACAAAUGAUGACCAAAUGAAGACACCAUUGAAGAGUGCAAAUCCAGUCCAUGCUUGUUAUAGGGAGAGUGAGCAAAAUAAGUCUUUAUAUAAAGCCAAGUCAAGCUGCAAUCAAAACUUACGUGAAGAAACUACUUUUGAAAAGAAUUUUAUUUCUCAAUCAAGUGACCAUGUUUUUAAACACCCCGUUCACAUUGCCAAAAAUAUAAAGCAGCAGUUACCAGUAACAGAUCCAUUUACAUUAUGUUCAGAUAUAAUAAAUAAAGAAGUAGUCAGUUUUCUAGCAACUCCCAGUUGUUCCAAAAUGUUGACGUAUAGGUGCUCAGGUUGCAUAGCAGUAGAAAAAUCCCUGAAUAGCCGAAACUUUAGCAAGCUCUUGCACUCUUGCCCAUACCAAUGUGAUCGUCACAAAGUCAUUGUGGAAGCUGAAGACAGAUAUAAAAGUGAACUAAGGAAAUUACUUAUCUGUAACAAAAAAAUUCUGCUGACCCCACGUAGAAGACAACGACUCAGUAAUGAAUCUACUACCCCUGGAAGAAUAAAAAAAAGAAGAGUUCGCAAAAACUUUACUGAAGAAGAAGUAAAUUACCUUUUCAAUGGAGUUAAGAAAAUGGGAAAUCACUGGAAUUCAAUUUUGUGGUCUUUCCCCUUUCAGCAAGGACGGAAGGCUGUGGACCUUGCUCACAAAUACCGCAAGCUGACCAACAGCCCCAUGUGUGCAGCUUCUUCUUUGGAAGAAGACUGUCAGUUUAGUUUGGAUUUUUAAAAUACAGUGCCUUGAAAGAUACAACAUUUAAAGUAUUUUUCUAAACUCUCAGAAGGAAUGUGGAAAUGAGGACACAGUUUUUAUUAAACAGUUUUUGUGAUGCUGAAACUCAUCAAGUUAUUACAAUGAUUUAUAAAGCAAAUAUAUCUCUAGUGCACAGAUUAGUAAGAUAAAAUUCCUUUGUAAGAUCAAACAUUUGUUUAGGAAUAUGCUUUUAUUUUUCCUUAAGCUUAAAUGACAUAAAGAAUUAUCAGCCUUUAAACGUUAUUUGACAUUAUAUUGCAAUAAAUACUAUGUGAGACAUUUGGAUUUUAUACGGUACAAAAGUCCCUCCCUAGAAUUCAGAAAGAAUAGUUCCCCAAGCUGUUUAACUAAGGUUCCCACACACUAAAUCAAUAUUUGACAUUUUGUUAAUUAAAACGUUUCCUUGGCUGUGGUGGUGGCUCAUAUUUGUAAUCUCCCACUUUGGGAGGCCAGUGUGGGAGGAUCACUUGAGGCAAGGAGUUUAAGACCAGCCUGGGCAACAUAGUGAGA